CCCGUGUUCCCGUAGUUCGGGCGCGCGACGGGGAUAGGGCGCCCGCUGGAUGGCGGGUGCGAGCGUGGUGGCUUGGGCUCCCGCGCCGGCCAUUGUGUGGCUGUGUGCUUGGGCGGUGCCCCUCCCUUGGUGUUCUGGUGGGCCUUUAUUUUUCGUCUUGGUGCGCGGGGCGCGUGAUAUACAUUUCUGGCCAAGCUGCCCUGCUGCCUUGCGUGUGUUGUGUGAGUGUGGGCGCCGCUCCUGCUCCGCGCGCGCGGAAUCGAAUUGAUUUCGCAGCGCCCCUCUAAUUCUUCACGGCAACAAAAUUACCGAUCGCGACUGCCGUGGCCUUCGCUAUAUGUUGUUUGGUUCUGGUUGGAG